UUGAGAGAACUUACUUGAACUUUAUUUGUUUUAAAUUUUUAAGUUGCAGUAACCGACAAUUCUAGCGCCACAAAUUUCAUUGUCUUAUGUACAAUUAGGGCUGUUAUUGUUUUAUUAUUUGACGAAGUGCCGCAAAACUGACUGUCUAAUGAAAAAAUGCAGGGUUUAACGUAUUUCAAUGGAUGGACUAUGUUGACAGAUUCUUUCAACGCAGGAUACGGACGAACUUGGGGUUAUGGAUUGGCUGCUGGAGGGAAUGGAGCGCACUGGAAGCCGCCGGGCUGGCGUACGGAACCGUGCCCGUACCAGGCAUACGGUGUAGUGUGUCCGAACGGCAACAGGUGCCCCAACCUCCACUUCGCUCCGCAGGACGCUGAGAAUCGCCAGCGUCUGCGCCCGCUGAUUCUGCAGCUGGCCAAGGCGUUCAAAAAGAGUUACGAGGAUUAUAUCGCCUAUCACGCUCAUUUUCAGCACCAGGCCCAACAGUACCGGGGUGAGCAGUGGAACCAUCAAAGCGACGCUCGCCACUACAAGGGCACGGACCCGGUUGCACCGGACGGAUGGUACAGUGAUCGAAAUUGGCAGCGUAACUAUCCCGUAUUUCCGGGGAACGGCGGCACAAAUACAGCAUGGAUCCUGCCUCCACCAUUUGCGCCCAGAUUCUGCAGCUAAAGCCGCGGUUUUCAAGUUUUUGGCGCUCGGUGUUAAAAGGGAAGAGCGUUGCCCAUGUUUUUUUGUGUUAUUUCCAAAUGCAAGUCUCCGGCGAAUUUCUUGAUUCUCUGUUAGCCUGAUCUUAUUUUUUUACAGUCUUAUUUGUUAUUCAUUGUGCAUAUACUCUGUAAAGCUCAGUCGAACCUGGACGGUGGCAAUUGUCCCAGUAAAAAUGUAC